UCAUACCGCCGCCGCCACGCGCACUCUCCACCACUCACGAUACGAACGUGCGAUACGAAACUUAGACAUCCAAUGUUCUGUAUUUCUUCAAUAAAUUUUACAAAAGUAAUCAAAAGAGUUGUAACUCAUGUCAAAAGUUAGAUCUUAGUUAGUUCUAGGUUUUUAUUUCAAAUUAAUGUUCGGAAUACAAACUUGAAAGUUGAGUAAAAGUUAGUGCUAUAUAGGUAGAGGUACUUGUAUUAAAGAUUGAUUAUUUGGUGAUGUGAGAUGGGUGAGGGCCGCGAACUUCGAGGGUGCUGGUGGAAGGGAACAACACUGGUUCUAGUGCGAUGCGCGUGGGCAUGCGCGCUGUUCGCCGCCGCGGCUGGUGCGCACCCCGACGUCGACACUUCCACAGGACUUGGUGAAAACACGCUUACCAAUUCAGUAGUGGAAGAGCCAGAGUUCACCGAUGUGAUACAGAACGUGACCGUACCAGCUGGUCGAAGUGUUCGACUUGCUUGCUCCGUCAAAAACUUAGGCUCAUAUAAGGUGGCGUGGAUGCACUUCGAGCAGUCAGCCAUUCUGACGGUACACAAUCACGUGAUAACUCGAAACCCGCGCGUAAGCGUGACACACGACAAGCAUCGCACGUGGUUCUUGCACAUUUCCGACGUGCGCGAGGAGGACCGCGGUCGUUAUAUGUGCCAGAUCAACACCGUCACUGCUAAGACCCAAUUUGGAUAUUUACAUGUUGUCGUGCCACCAACGAUCGACGAUUCUCUCAGCUCGAGCGACGUUAUCGUUCGCGAGGGCGCCAACGUCACGCUGACGUGUCGCGCUAAUGGCUCGCCUAAGCCCACCAUCAAAUGGAAACGGGACGAUAACUCGAAAAUUUCCAUCAGCAGAGGACACGUAGUAUCCGAUUGGGAAGGAGAAGUGUUAGACAUGGCGAGGAUAUCCCGAUUGGACAUGGGAGCUUACCUUUGCAUAGCCAGUAAUGGAGUGCCUCCCACCGUCUCGAAGCGAGUCAAAGUCAGCGUUGAUUUUCCACCAAUGUUAUGGAUACCACACCAGCUAGUAGGAGCCCCACUCUACUAUAACGUGACUCUGGAAUGCUUCACUGAAGCACACCCAACAUCUUUGAACUAUUGGACUCGAGAUGACGGUCAUAUGAUACACGAAAGUCCUAAAUACCACAUGGAGAAUUCUGUUGGGGUGCCAGCGUAUAAGACACAUAUGAAACUGUUGAUCAGACAUAUUGUGCAGGAAGAUUAUGGAACUUAUAAAUGUGUGGCAAAGAAUCCUAGAGGAGAGUCUGAUGGCACUAUACGUUUGUAUACUUCUUCUCCACCGACAACAACUCCGGAUCCCCGCGCGAUGACUGUCCCACCACCUUCGCGACCGCCGCGUCGUGAUACCCCUGCCACUGAUAAAGGAACGAAGUAUCAAUCGAAUCUGAAUGAAAUCGAUAAGGGGAAACAGAAGCCAGACGAAGGUGGUGGGAAGACGCAUCUGAAUUGGGUGGGAGGAGCGUCGCAAGUGACAGGCGACGCUGAUUGGAGAAGAAGCCAUUUAUGGAGCUUAAUUUUAUUUAUCAUACCAGUAUUCUUUUAGAUACUUAUGAGUUAUUAAGUUUACGCAAACAUACAGUCCAGUUUGUACCUACGCUACCUAAUAAUAUUUUAACAUAAGCAAUCUUAGGAAAAGCCGCACAUUAGCACAAAUAAGCAUUGAAAUCAGUUAAUUGGAAUCGCCUAUCCUACUAGUAGCCUUUAUAAUAUGCCAAGGCAGUACCACGUAGUCCAAAUUAAUUUACAAUGUUACUUCAAAGUUAUAUUUAAGUUGUAGACAAUUCUGAAGAUUGUAGACGAAACUCUCCGUUGCUUACACAUAUUCAAAGUUUAGUGCUGUAACUAACGUCCUAAAAUGAGCUUUAGAGAUUAAACAACGCGUCUCACCCUCACUCUCCCAAAAUUGUAUGCAAAUUUCUUGAUUGUUUUAAACUAAAUGUAAAAAUAUAAUUGUCCUCGAAAACAGGUAAUUUAGUUUAGAAUAUAUAAAAUAUAAAUUAGUAGUGACCGUAUUAUCAUAAAUUAUACAUACAAUAGUUAUUAGUUUUACGUUUAAAACAUAAACCGAAUAAUAUUUUAUAUGUAUAAACGU